AUGGCGCUUCUUCAGCUUCUGUUUGGACUUGGUGGUGCCGUUCUCGGUGUGGCUUCACUUGGGGAGGAGAGUGGCGUCUUGGCGCUCUCCUCUGUUGAGGUUUCCGAUUGUCUCUCUACCUCUGCUUUCGUUUGCUCGACGGUUUUGGCGGCUUUGGACGGAGGUCUUCCAUGGGGUGUGGUUCGACUAGAUCUACAGGGUAUUGUUCCGACUAGAUCUAUGUGGUGUGCUGAUCUGGAGUCUCGAGAACUGGUGUGCUCUUGGCGAUAA